UUAAAGGCGAAAAUGUCGUCCUGUCAGACGUCAAAUAAGUCGGGAUGUAAGUGAGCGACAACAUAAACUCGGUUUCGAGCAUAAAUUGUGUGCAAAGAGAAAAUGUAGUGUGUUCCUCUCAAGUGUUAAAGUGUCCGCUAUACACCGAAAAACUGAGCAGGCCAUUGCGAGAAAUUUGUAAACGCGCAGAUCGAAAGAAAAAUGUCAUCAACGCCAAACCCCAAACACGAACUAACAAGCUCGCCAUCUGCCUCAAGCACACCACCAAGCGGUACAUCAGGACACAAAAACAGUCUUAAAGGGACGAAAUUAGCCCGACGCGCUCGUUCUUUCAAGGAUGACAUAUUUGAAAAAUUUUCACAAAUGAGAACACCAACGAACACUUUGGGGCGAUCUCAUUCGCCCCACCGGCAUAGUCCACACAACAAACAUGCUGUAAGUCACUCACCCGACAGAAAACCGACGCAAGGACUGGACUAUCACGUACGACAGAUAAGGAAUGCUCUGAAGCAUUUUAAGGAUGUUAUAUCUAAGAAGAAACUUGAAGUAUUACCUGGUAAUGCGACUAUCUUAUUGGAAUUGACGGCGAACAUGCGUUCGGCACUUCAGUUAUAUGCACUUAAUCCAAAUAGCAGUACUCUGUCUUCUGCAUGUACGCAAGUAUAUUUUGCUCUUGGGGAAUUGAUAAAAUUAUGUGAUGAUGUGCUACUAAGCGAAAACGAACAAGAGAGCCCUUUACUAAGUAGCGAAAACGUGCAAAGAGUAGUUAAUCUUCUUGAAACUUCUGUGCAAAACUGGUGUGAUAUAGUUAACGAGAAGAUGCAGGAAAAAGAGAAUGCUUUGAGCGUAACAGGAGCAAGUAACUCCUCAUCGAAUACACUACACAGGCCAACGAUAGAUGUCGCCGGACAAAGAACGUCGUUACCUGACAUUCCUUUAACACCAAUUUACGCGCGUCGCAAUGGAUGUAUAUUUCGUCAUAUUGAGCGUGAUAUAUUAGAAAAGUCGUCGUUAAGCACAAUGAAAACUUCGCACAGUACUGAAAGCAUAUUACGUGAUUCUAGUCCACCUCCGAAGCCUCCACUUCCAAAUAGAUGUCCCCACCCACCUCCGCUUCCGCCAAAAAGACGUAGUCAACCGAAACAAAAUAGUAUAACAAAUGAAUCAAAUUAUAGUGUAGAUUCGUCACUAUUAAGUUGCGGAUUAGAUCACUUGUCCAUGCGUUCGAAGUCACCGGACGAUAAUUCUAGUCUGCUGAGCGCUAGUGCAGGCUCAUUGGACUCAGCAUUUAAUCACUCACGGGAAGAAGAUGAACUGAAAGCACUUGCAAUGGAUGCAUCGAUGGAGGAUCCUCUCGCAGACGAGGAUAUGGAUCAUAUGUUAAAUACAAAAUCUGCAGCGAGUAAAAAGGAAGAAAACGCGAAAAAUGCUUUACCUGGCUCGGUGACCGUUGGGAAAAAUCAACGAAAUUCCAAUGAAUCUGGUUUCGCCUCUAUGCAAUCAAUACGUGCUAGCACGCAAAGUAUAUCUACGAAACGCUCGUCGGAACAUAGUACACAAUCUCAUAAGUCGAGCAUAGCAAGUAGUACUGAAAUUACAAGUUUAAAACACACGGAUUCAAAACUUGGAAGUGAUAUCGAUGACCUAAUGGACCAAUCAUUUAUGAACAAUCAGUCAAAAACUACAUCUUGCUUUUCAAACCAAGCAUUCUCCAGUGAACGGUGUAUUACAACAAGCUGCAAUUUUCUGCGAAGUGCGAAUGAAAUGUGUUCCAGCAAUAAGGUAUUAAAUGAAAGCGAAUCGGUCAGCUUGCAUUCAGAAAAAUCUAUGACAAAAACGAUGUUUUCGACAAACAAGUUGGAAAAUCAAGAUGGAUUUUUGAAUACGUUUGCUUCUUCCCCGCAAUCAAUAAGAGAAGAACCACCCGCCUUGCCAGUGAAGACUCGAGGGAAGGGUAUGUCAAAGGAAAGGCUUGUAUCGCAUUACGAUAAUGUUGAAGAACACGACCAUUCACCUAGCCAUCUAUCGAAGGAUGAAGUUUCAGAACUAAGGCAAUUUACGUCAGCAUUUCCCCUUCAAAGCAAACACCAAAGCUUAAUAGGAUAUCAAAAAUACAGUGGCAGUGAAGAUCCACCUCCCAUUCCAAAGAAAACCAAACAUAAAUUUCAAAGUGUGGCAUAUUCGGUUAUGGUCUACAUGGAGAUAUUACCAACACAAAACCCAAUGGAACAUUUCCGGCAUUCUGUGCAUACAUGUCACUCAUCGCAAACAUCAAGUCAUUUCUCCACGACACGAAACAUAUCCCAUAGCCAGACAAUGAAUAUGGCAUGUGUUAGUAAGCAACUUGUAUCGCAAUCAUCAACUUCCUCAAUGCCAGAAACAGAAAAACCACCAGCGCUACCACCAAAGAAACAAUAUCAGCGGCCUGUAUGCAAGACACCAACGAUAAUCACAACGCCCCCGCCCAGUCCAAAACCUGGCACAUUAGGUGGGGGAUAUGAAAAUCGACCGCGACUCAUUGGAUCCGCGAACCUAAGUAGUGACAUGUUAACGGUAAAUGAAGAAGGCAAUGAUCUAGCUGAAGAAGAAGAACUAUCGCAUAACAUCUAUCCCGACUGUAACAACGAUGGCGAAGACGAAGUAGUUCUUAGAAAUAACACCAUUAACAAACAGGUGCUUGGGGAAUGUACGACACCAAAUAAAGUUGAUAGUAUUCCAGAUUUAAUUGAAGAAAUAGACAUAUCAAAUUAUCUCAUAUUUAAAAAAGAUGGUGAAGAUGGACCGGAAGUUAAAGGAGGAUAUAUUGAUGCAUUGAUUGUUCAUGCAACAAAGGUGCAGAGAAACGAAAAUGAUGAGACCGAAGAUGCAUUCAGUGAAGCCUUUAUCACAACAUUUCGAACAUUCAUUUCACCGAUGGAUCUUAUAACGAAGUUAAUUCAACGAUAUUCAGUAUUCGUUUGUCAAGUGAAUGAUCAAUACAAACAAAAAGCAGCAAAAGAGACAUUUUCUUUGAUGGUUCGAGUUGUCAAUGAUUUGACAGCUUCGGAUUUACAUCUGAAAUUGUUAUCUAAGCUAACGGAUUUUGUAUACCAGAUGGUGCGCUCUGGAGAAUUACCAUCGGCAAAAGCUCUAAGGAGUAAAAUUGUAGAGAAGGCGAAUCUUUACAAAGCAUGGAAAAGCAAUGCCAAUGACACGUUAGAAAAGCAACGAGAUAUCGCGAAAACCCUGCCGUCACUACUAGAUUUGAAGUCGGUUGAAAUUGCCGAACAAAUGACGCUUUUGGAUGCGGAACUAUUCCAGAAAAUAGAAAUACCCGAAGUGUUAAUCUUCGUGAAAGAACAAUGUGAGGAGAAAUCUCCAAAUUUGAAUAGGUUCACCGAGCAUUUCAACAAAAUGUCGUACUGGGCCAGAUCGCAAAUUUUAAGCCAAGAUGAUGCCAAAGACCGAGAAAAAUAUGUGAUAAAAUUCAUUAAGAUUAUGAAGCAUUUACGGAAGAUAAAUAAUUACAAUUCAUACUUAGCACUUCUAUCAGCAUUAGAUUCUGCUCCUAUUCGAAGAUUGGAGUGGCAUAAAACCAUUACGGAAGGACUGAAAGAAUAUUGUGCUCUUAUAGACUCAAGCUCAAGUUUUCGAGUGUACAGACAAGCACUAGCAGAAACAAGCCCACCAUGCAUUCCUUAUAUAGGACUGGUAUUACAGGAUUUAACUUUUGUGCACGUAGGCAAUCCAGAUUACCUGAAGGAAGGAGUUAUCAACUUUUCGAAACGUUGGCAGCAGCAUAAUAUUAUAGUUAACAUGAAGAAAUUUAAGAAAUGCACCUAUCCGUUCAGAAGAAGUGAGAAAAUCAUUAGAUUUUUCGAGAACUUCGAAAACUAUCUGGAAGAGGAACAAAUGUGGCAAAUAUCAGAGAGCAUAAAACCUCGUGGACGAAAACCUCAACACAACUAAACGUUAAGGCAUGCUUUUGAAACUUUGAUAAGUUGAACGAUUUCAGUUAAGUACAUUGUCUUGUUGUGGCAGAAAAAAAAACCAGAAUGAAUGUCAUUUUUAUUGGAGCGAAACUUAUAAAGGGAAUUUUUGUGAUCAUUUAUGAUUAAUGCAGAAACUAAGAAAAGAAAGAAAUCAUAUGCAUUAUCUUGAAUCAACGGAAAACAAAACACAACGAAUUCUAUAUUUUACUCAAGAUCCGUAGGAGUUAGCAAGUAUUUUUUAAAUUAUUUUAAAAUUCUUAGACCGACCUAUUGCUAGCAUAAGUGUAAAUCGUGCUAUAUGUUGUGUAGAAAGGAUCUAGUACGUUGUUGAAUCUCAUUUUUUCGCAAUAGUUUGAAUAAUGCGUUUAUUAUUUAUUAGUUUUAAAUAUUUGGUGCUUUGCCACACUGCUUGUAUUUAGAGCAACUUCAGUGUACGAUUUUCGUAUGUCGUAUUCGAGAUUGGUCGUUGCAGUGAAUUCAAUAUUAAUUUCAGAAAAAUUCCAAAACAACCAAAGUGGAUUCCAUCUAUAUAAAUAGCAUUUGGGAAACUCGGAGGCAAAAAUAUGCACCAAAUUGAAAAACCAAACACCAAUUACCGCAACGAUGAGUAGCAAUAAUAGAUAUAAUGAAUGAUGCUUCGACGAUAAUUAAUCUAUUCUCGUGAAAUUUUUUCAAACGUCCUCGUCGCUAUUCCACUAUUCUCUGGUUAGUGAACUUCCUUGACGUUUUUUCUGCUUGUCGGCAUUUCAUACCUUAGCCGUUGGUAAUGGACAAAAACCCGUUAUCUUUUAGAAGAUGUAAUGUAUUAGAUAGAUAUCCUUUAGGCUAUACUUGUCGCGAUAUAUUACUGUAUGUAUAUAUCUUUACAUGGACACAGGACUGACCAAAAGUUCAAGACAAAAGGGGUUUGAAGAAAUUAUAAAGUGAAAGAUUUAUUUAUAUGCUUAAGCCUUAUCAAUUAAAAGUUAACUUGAUUCGAAGUUUAUAAAUUUUGUCUCUCCUUACAAACAUUGAAUGAUUCUUCCUUCUGUUCGACUACUUUUUUAGUCACUUUUAAUUGUGUUUCUAUUAUCGUUCUAUUGAAAAAUUGAGCUUUUUUUCUAUUGAGUUUCAGCCUGGUGGAUUGGCAUUUUACUCCCGAACGAAUUUUCGUUUAUCGCGAUUUUGCAUUAUUAUAGUGUAUUCUAAGCCGUCCAAUCCACUGGUCCCUAAAUUCGCACUGAAAAUGCCCCCAAUUAACUUAUAAUUUACAGUCAUUCUUUUUUACGAACCGAAUCCAAGUUCACCACGCAAUGAGUGUGCCCAAUGAAUUUUCUAAUCGUCACCUCUUCAAAUAUUUUUACCCUCAUGUCGUUUGUACCAUUUCAGAGAAAAAAUGUUGGGGUGGCAGUCACUGUGAUUGAAUGCUCUCUCGAUACUCUAUUCACAUCUUUUAACGUCAAAUAUAAUGGGGGUGCGCAGUAUCUAAUUAGGUUGAGGCAUUAUUAAUAACUAGUGCAUUUAGCUACAAAUGGAGUAUCGUGAUUUGAUAACAUUGCUUAAUUCAAGCUCGGAACUCUGCAUGAAUUUCGAGAGCCACGUAUGUGUGCAUACAUACAUAUAUCAUAAACCCUAUUUGAAAUCUUACCAAAUAUUUUUUAGAUGGCCUUGAUUUUUUUUUUCCAUGUUCUGUUAGUCUAAUAAUAUGGAAUACAUUAUUCUUGAACGACCACUUCAUUCUAUCAGAGCUGGAAGAAGUCUAUACGAGGAACGUUUUUAUUUUUGUUUCUUCUAAACAAAUUUGAAAUUACAUCUAUGGAAGCAAUUUUGAAAGAUCAAAGCAAAACUUACGUACUAGAUUCGUCCGUAUUUUAAACACGACUUACUGUUUAGAGUAACUGAAGUGAUAAUAUAAUUUCCUGUUUGCCAUUGUCCAUUAUUUAUAUUCUACGUUCAUUUUUUCAUUUUUCACCAUCAUGCGAUUUCAAUAUUCUUUGACUUUCUAUCAGAAUGAUUCGAUCCGCAUACGGCAAUAUCAUCUGCACCACAGUAUUAAUUUGCUUAACCACAUGUGAAUGAUAAUCAAGUAUACGUAUUGUAUCUGACAUCCUAAAAUGUACGCUAAUUAAAACUGGACCUGCAAAAUUUAAACGAUACAUACACCGCUAAAAUGUCCUAAACAAAAGAUAAUUGUGAUAGGUUUAGUCUUCGCGAACCGGCCUAAUUAAUAGAUUACAUGUUAAAAAGGACAUAUGAAUUUAGGAUGCUGGGCAAAUUCUUCUUCAUUGAGAAAUGCUUUUUUACGGGACCCUAUCCUGCCGCGAAAUAGCGGUACUAAACUUUCGACGUGAGGUUCAAAUUUGAAUUCCCACGAAAAGAUAAACCGUUCUACCAUCAGCUGGUUGACUAGGUACGCUCAUAUUCAUUUUAUUUCUUGAAAUUCAAACGUAAUUUUUUUACUCUCUAUCCAUAUACGGAAACGUAAUCAGUAUAAUUACCAUGAGAUACUAUAUAAUACAUGAAUUAUGAACAAUAUAAAAGUAAAUUAGCGUAGCAUAGCACCUAUCCUUCCAGCAGUUAUAUCUAAUGAAAAUACGCACCUUAACAAUGAAAUUUAACAUGUUUGUGGUAUGGAAGUUCUGAAAUCGAUUCAUCGAUAGUAAUUUAUUGAUAAUUGUUUCGUUAUUUUGUUUUGUCUGUUCUUGGUUCUUUCAACUGCAACAGUUGAACUCGGCAAUCACUCACAUCUAACGUAAUGAUCCAGAUUAGAUAUAUAUUUUUGACGUUGCAUUCACUUUUUGAAUGGGCGUUGUAUCUAUAGUAUUUAGAGAAACUUCUUUGUAUUGAAAUGAGAUUAGUUUUUUCCUUUAUAUAUUCAACAAAAAAUAGUCAGCCCGUUUAAAGGGGAUCGUAUUUAGAAUAUUGUUAUGUAAUAUUUUAUUCGCCAUGUUUAAAAUAUAUAUGGACUAAGUUUGUAGGUAAUACGGAAUCAUUGUGUACAUAAACCCUACUGAAUUGAAACCAACAAAUAUGAAACAAAUAAGCUAUUUUACUUACGUGUACGUAUAGUGACUAUUCUUUUUUAUAUUCUAGUUUUUUCAAGCAUAGUUCUGUACAAUUUUAUUUCUAACAUUAUUUUAUACACAAACAUACAAAGUAUAUUGAUGUUCUAAAAAUAAAUAUGCAAUAUAUACAAA